UGUUUCCUUUUUGUCUGUUUGGUAAAUUCAUGCCUUAGAAAUAAUGCUUAUGGUUUGCAGUUCACUUGUUUCUGCAUGAACCACAUUAAGACCCCCACCCCCCCUCCUUUUUUCCCCUAAUAUAAAAAUAGGUUUUAGGGACAACCCUAUCUAUCUCCAUAAACUACCAAAAACACACACACUAGUAUGUGAAAAAAACCAAAAAAAAAACAUUUUCUUACAUGCAUGUCAAUGAAGUUUAGCAGUUGUUUCGUUCUUGAAAACCCGUCGAAUUUCGCCUAGUUUUUUUUCUCCGAUUCUUUUUUUUUUUCGAAAAAAUGUCAUGGUUUUGGGCUGUAAUAUUUCUCACCUUUGCAUUUAGUUACUCUUCAGAGGGGUUUAACAAGAAAUCAUCUGCUGUAGUUGUUGGCACUGUCUACUGUCAGACAUGUUUCCAGCAGAAUUCAGCCAGCCGCUUCAUCGAAGGUGCAUCUGUUGUAGUUAAAUGCAAGGACAAAACAUCAAGUUUCAGACAAGAAGUGAAAACAGACAGCCGUGGCGAAUUCAAAGUCGACCUACCUUUGUCCAUCAGCAAACAUGUCAACAAAAUCAAACAGUGUUCGGUUAAACUAAUCAGCAGCAACAAACCCUACUGCGCGGUUGCCGCCACCGCCACGUCAUCGAGGCUCCACCUUAAAUCAAGAACUCAAGGGGCCCACGUUUUCUCGGCAGGCUUCUUCACUUUCCGACCACUCAAAGAACCGGAAAUUUGUGACCAGAAACCAAGCAUCAAUGGUGAUGAGAAAAUCUCCCCGAUCUCAAACCCUAACGACCCAACUUUUCUGCCCCCGAUUCGGGACCCACCCCCGGUCGAUCCGCCCCUCCUCGGCCGCCUCCUCCCGCCAAUCCUUUCUCCUCUGCCGCCGCUCCUCCCCGGAAUCCCAUUUCUGCCGCCAGUAGUGCCUAAGAAGGAAGAGUCUCCAAAAGCAUCAUCUGAGAAAGCCGUGACCGACCCCCCCACAUUUCUGCCGCCGGUUCAAGAUCCGCCGACGUCCGAUCCCCCGCUCCUAAGCCGCCUCCUGCCGCCGAUCCUCCCCCGCCUACCACCGAUGCUGCCUAAAAUCCCAUUUCUGCCGCCAAUACUACCUAAGAAGGAGGACUCUCCAAAAGCCUCGGAAUUGUCGUCGGAGAAAACCGUGAUUCAGCCAGAAUUUUGGAUUCCCCCGAAUCCAUUCAAUCCGCCAAGCAUUUUCCCACCAAACCCUUUUCAACCACCAUCUUCCGUAAUCCCUCCGAUUUUUCCGUCGCCUCCACCUUCGAUUUUUCCUCCACUUUUACCGACGCCUUCUUCCCCACCUUUCUUCGGACAGCUGCCGCCCUUUCCUGGCUUGACUCCGUCACCAUCGCCGCCGCCGCCAGCCUUUCCAAUCCCUUUUCCUCCGUUUCCUUUCCAGCCGACACCUGGCUUCCCCGGAGUGCCGCCUGCCAAGGCUUCGAAAACAAGCUCCCCUUGAUUGUGAGGUUCACAUAGUUGCCUUGUGCAAUUUAAUUAUACCAAAUUAUCACACUUUGCAAUAAAUUCUGCAAUGUUUUGCUUUUUAACAUAUGUUCUCUAAUAGCUUUCAUGUUUUGUAAAUGUCUAUUAAUAAUUUAAUACAAUUGUCAAG